CUGAUUCGGUCGUUCCGGGUUUUUUCAGAUUGUGCGCUACAUUUUCUCCUUCAGAUUGUCCGUUUGAAUUACGUUGAGUUUGAACUUAGUUGGCUGACUGGAUUGUGCUGAAAACCAUAAACAUCUCUCUCAACAUUGAGAAACAAAUGCAAAGGAAAUAAUCGGUUCAUAUUAGCCUCACAUAGAGUGUAUAUUGUAAUACACUCUUGUAACUCGUUCCUGUUUGUCUGUCAAGCCUACAUGCUUCAACCAAAAGCAUUUGGUUUUGUGUAAUUCACAUCAAUAUUGUAUAAAAAUCCACGGUUGUCGUCCUGCUCAACUUUUCGCUACAGAAGGUUUCAUUAUUGUUUCCGUUGUUUACCAAUAACUGUUAACCCACUCAUGGUCGAUCGUAACCGUUUCGAGAUUUUGGAAGAAAACAUCGAAAGUAUUAUUGAUCAUUGUAGGGAGGCUGGAAUUGUUGUUUGUGACUAUCAACCAAGUGUGUCGUUUCAGAAAAAGAUCAAUGAUCUAGUGUAUAAAUUACAGGAUGUGGAUCGUAUGCAAGUUGAAAUGCAAGAUGUACAUGUUCCUAUUGAAUUAUUUUCCAAAAUCGAUGCUGGUCAAAACCCUCAGUUGUACACUCGUGAGUGUAUGGAACAAGCACUAGCCAAGAAUGAGGCAGUCCGUGGAAAAUUAGACAGUCUUCGUCGUUUCCGAAUGUUACUUAUGUCCGAAUUGUCUCGUCAAUUUCCAAAUGAAAUGGCUAAAUAUCGAGCUGUACGUGGUGAUCCUGAAGCUCCGACACUUGGUCCUGCAAUGUCCAGUAACUCUCAAUCAAAUGGAUCUGGUACUGAGACUGGUCCAGAAUCCGUUUCACUUAGAUAGAUACUUUCAGUAUGUUUUGUUCUCAACAAACAUAUGCUUUCUGUAAAUUGUUUUCAUGACUAUCGUGAUAAAGUGUUUUCUUGUAUAUAUUCUCUAAAAAGUUGUUUGGUUGUCAAUAUGACUAGUAAUGAGUUUGUUGAUCGAAUCAUUUUUUUCUAGUCUAAAAUAUUACAGAAUACCACAUUUGUAUAGGAAAAAAAUAUUUUGAGGCUUGCUAUUGUUUAGAGGUGAAAGGCAAGAUUUCAAGUAGGAAUUACCAAGAAACACUGCUAAUAGACUGAUAUCCAUAUUUGUAACAAAUAUUUUGUUAUUUUUGCUUCAUUUGAUAAAGCAACCAAACUACUUAA